UUUUCAAAUAUUUCUUGGUAACUGAUGCAGAUGCUGUGGUGCUCAGAACUGUUUUUGUUUGUGCUCAGCAGUCUGAGAUCAUUUUUGCCAAGUACUAUUGAUGUAUAGAUGCAAAUGAAGUGCUGUAUGAUUCCUCAUGUAGACAGAAGUUGUUGGUUGUCUUAGAAGGUAUUUCCUGCUUCUCUAGACUGUCUUCUCAGUAUCUCCCACUAGUGCCAGCCAUGCCAUUGUCUGCUCCGAAUGGGUAGGUGCUAAUUCUAAUUCUGCAAAUGCGAACGAAGUCAAAUUGAAGAAGGAUGUAGUAAAGCUAUGAGCAACCAUCAUUGCCAUGGAAGACCCAUCUCUGGGGCUUUCCUGGCACGAGAUACUCAUUGCUACACCAGUGCUACUGUAGCAGUGCCGGUCUGGAGAUUUUCCCGGUAUUUAUUUAGUAGAAUACCAAGCCACAGUCCACAUGAUGCAAAGUGUUUGAGCUGUAUGAUCACUUCUCCCAGAUGCAUAGAUUCCAGAGUCCUGCAUUCUGGAGAUGUGCCAGCCACAGUUAUAACGCAUACCUGUGCUUGGGACUGCUUGCUGCCUUCUGUAAUGCUCUUUCUUUGUCAGAACUGGCUCUCCCUAUGUCUCUGUGUGUUUCCAUAAAAGCUGUGGUGAUUUCAUGCUUAGGGUUAGCAAAACUCCACCAUGUUGCAUGCAGUGCUUUUUCCCUUUCUGAAACCUGCUCUCACAGAGGUGCAACCAUCUUGAUCAUUGGCUCAGCUCUGGCAGGCAGCAGGUCCCUUUUGGAGCAGGUUGGAACUGCUGCUUAUCUAGCAUGGGGCAGCCACUCACGGGCCAGCCUUGCAGCUCUCUCACUACUGUGUCAGAUCCUGGCUUAUCUCUGUGCAAGCUGACAGUAGUAGUGUGCCUUUUUUGCUCUACAAUUGAGAUUGUCUCAGUGAUUCUUGUCUUUCCACACUGCAGUUUUGUGAGGGCGUCAUAUUUCACUUCUACGAGGUGAAAUGGAUUAAAUCACUCUGCUUGUGGUGCCGUAUGUUUGCUGUCAGGAAAAUAAUGUGGUUAAGCUUAAGAAUUUGGUUUAAAAGCAUUCCAUCAUUCCAUGAGCAAGAGGUCUAGUGGUAAAAAAUAAGUGUGUGUGAUCAGUGUUUAUUUCAGAUCUAGAAAUGUCUGCUAGACUUCUAACUCUCUUUGCUACUCCUCUAUUCUGUGUCAGCGGCUGCACACAACUCAUUUUAGGUCUUCUCCUCACCUUCUGGAGCAGACUGGUCAGGGUAAAAUUAAUCACUGCUUCUCGUAUGAGAGAAGAAAUUCCCCAUUGAGGUUGCAGCCUGAGGUUUUUUUUCAGGUAAACGCCAAUAGCAGCCACAAUGAUGAUCCAUGUACACUGUGAAUCAUAGAAUUAUGGAAUAAUUUGGGUUGGAAGGGACCUUUAAGAUGACCUAGUUCACCCUCCUCUGGAUCUGCUCCAACAGCUCCAUGUCCUUCUUGUGUUGGGGGAAAUGUAUACAACAUUCAGUUGUCAUACUCUAGUUUUGCUGAAAGUAAAAGCAUAUUCCCUCUUUCCAACAAAACUGAUUCCUUUCUCUUUUACAUGUAUUCAGACUAUUCACGUGUAGUUUUUCAAAGAAAUAGUGGUUUCUGUGCUUUUAUAUCUGCCUGGGUAUCUAAUGGUCAAGGUUCGUGCUUGUUCAACAGAGUUGUUUGGUUUUUUGUUUUUUUUUUUCUUCUAAUUGUGUAUGUAACUAUAGUCCAGGAAAUCUUUUGGGAAUUAGAAGAAAGAUAUUACUGGUGCCAGACGGAAAUGAUAUCAUCAAAGUUCAUUUGAAAGCCAAGGCUUUAUGUAAACAAUGUUGUAUUCAUUUGUUAGGAGGAAGCUGAUAGGUGAUUUACUUUUACAAUGGUCUUUGUUUGCAGCUAUUACUAGGCUUGGUCUGAACAACUAUGCAAAUAUGUUUCUUGUUAGAAUUGAAUUUUACAGACCUACAUAGAGGAAUGCCAUCCAGAGGGACCUGGAUGGGCUUGAGAGGUGGGCCCACGCCGACCUCGUGGAGUCCAACAAGGCCAAGUGCAAGGUCCUGCAUCUGGGCUGGGGCACUUUCAAGCACAGAUACAGGUUGGGUGGAGAAUGGCUGGAGGGCGGCUCUGAGGAGAAGGAUUUGAGAGUGUUGUUUGAUGAGAGACUCAAAGUGAGCUGGCAGUGUGUGCCUGCAGCCCAGAAGGCCAACCAUAUCCUGGGUUGCAUCAAGAGAAGUGUGACCAGCAGGUUGAGGGAGGUGAUUCCACCCCUCUGCUCAGCUCUCAUGAGACCCCACCUGGAGCACUGCGUCCAGUUCUGGAGCCCCCAGCACAAGAAGGACAUGGAGCUGUUGGAGCAGGUCCAGAGGAGGGUCAUGAAGAUGAUCAGGGGGCUGGAGCACCUCCUCUAUGAGGAAAGGCUGAGAGAGCUGGGGCUUUUUGGCCUGGAAAUCAGCAGGCUCUGAGGAGACCUUAUACUGGCCUUCAAGGACCUGAAGGAGCCUACAGGAAGGCUGGGGAGGGACUUUUAAUCAGGGUGGGUAGUGACUGGAACAAGGGGUAAUUGUUUUAAACUGGUAGAGGGUAGGUUUAGGCUAGGCACUGGGAAGAAACUCUUGACUGGGAGGGUGGUGAGACACUGGAAUAGGUCACUUAGAGAGGUUGCAAAUCCUCCACCUUGGAAGCAUUCAAGGCCCAUCUGGAUGGGGCUGUGCGCUACCUGGUCUAGAGGAAGGUGUUCCAAACCAGUCUAUAUGUCUGUGAUUUAUAUGAUCAAAAAAAAUGAAUCACAGAAUCAAUGAACUAUAGGGGUUGGAAGGGACCUCCAGACAUCAUCGAGUCCAACCCCCCUGCCAAAGCAGGUUCCCUACACCAGGUAAUGGGCUUCUUGUCCAUGAGUUGAUAAGAAUGUGGUCCCUUUCUAACUGUACAGCCUCAUCCUUGCAAGAUGUUACAAAAAUAAAACUUGUGGUAGUGCAUAGUGGCAGUACACAGCAUAACAUGUAAUCUUGAUUUCUGUCCUGGCUCUGAGAAGUGGUAACUGCUGCCCUAUGAAGCCUGACCUCAAUAAAUGUGCACAAAAUGGACAUGAGAUGAUAGACAAGAAAAAGUAUGCAUACAUGCUGGACAGAGAGGUUCCUUUCAACCAUGAUGAAACCUAGGAUACAGAUGCUUCUGAUUCUGGCAGUUCUGUUUGUUCUUCUGAUCCACUUCCACUUCCUAACCUGCAGCAACAGUGCCUCCCUGGAAUUAAAAUCUUCUGCAGUCCACAUUCUCAUUCUCUCCUCCUGGCGGUCAGGAUCAUCCUUCACUGGCCAGCUUUUCAGCCAGCACCCCAGUGUCUUCUACCUGAUGGAGCCUGCAUGGCAUGUAUGGGUUACAAUGUACCAGAACAGUGCCAAAGUCUUGCACAUGGCGGUGCGGGACCUGGUCAGGUCAGUCUUUCUCUGCGAUAUGUCUGUUUUUGAUGCCUACAUGUCUAGCGAGAAGAAAAAGUCUGACUUAUUUCAGUGGGAGAAAAGCCGAGCCUUGUGCUCCCCUCCUGCCUGUGACUUCUUCAGUCGCAGCGACAUAAUUUCUGCAGGAAACUGCAGAGCUCUCUGUGGUAGAUACUCAUUCAGCAAGGUGGAAGAAGCCUGUAAAACCUACAGCCAUGUUGUCAUCAAGGAGGUUCGCUUCUUUGACCUGAAGGUCCUCUACCCACUUCUCACCGAUCCAUCCCUGAACCUCAAAAUAAUUCACUUGGUCCGUGAUCCUCGGGCUGUGUUCAGGUCCCGAGAGAAUACAGUGGCAGAGCUGAAACGUGACAGUGACAUUGUUGUGGGGUCCCAGAACGCAAAGGGAGAACUGGGACCUUACAUCACAAUGCAAGAAAUCUGCAAAAGCCACGUUGAGAUUUACAAGGCAGGCAGCCAGGCUGUUCCCAGCUUUCUGAAGGAUCGUUACCUGCUAGUUCGUUACGAAGACAUUGUCAGAGAUCCACUAAGAAAGGCUGCUCAGAUGUAUAGGUUUGCAGGACUCCAUUUCACACCAGAACUUCAGAAGUGGGUGCACAAUAUUACCCAUGGGAAGGGAAAAGGAGAUCAAGCAUUUGAUACUGGAUCCAGAGAUGCACUGAGCACAUCUGAGGCCUGGAGAAACACGUUUCCCUUUGAAAAAAUAGAAAAAGUUCAAAGUGUGUGCAAGGAUGCAAUGGACUUACUGGGGUACCGGCUAGUUCAGUCUGAAGAAGAACAGAAAGACAUGUCACUGGAUCUUUUGUUUGGACAGAACAAAUUCUGAAGGCAGAAAAGCUGCUCUCUGUACCUCCUCUCUGAAUGCUGCAUGGUGGUGAACUUAUACUGAAGAGGGUAGAGGUGUAUCGGUGGGUGGGUGGGUGAGGUCAGGUACUACAGGAGUGCUGACAGCACUUGCCACAGUUUUACCAGCAACAGCACAGGGUAACUCUCCAAAGCUACGAUACAGGCUGGAGUAAUGCAAAUCUGUUAUCCAAAUUAAGUUUGGGGUGUAUGGGAAAGAGGAAUUAUGUGUAGAUGGAAGCAAACAGGCUGCCAGAGGAAUGGAAUUGGGUGUCAGAGCUCAAACCCCUCCACAAGCCACGGCUAAGUACGGGAGAAACUAUGUGGAACAACUGCACUGUAAUGGAAGAGGAAAUACAAAUGGAAGCCAAGGGAAGAGAGCGUUCUUUGUCAUGCUGCCACUUGGGACAUAUAAAGCUGGAAGAGAGACAACGAUAAGCAUAUGGUGUUUUCUGGAAAGCUCUCCCUCCUCCCCUCCUCCCCAGCUCCAUUCCUGUGCCUGAGCCUUUAACAUUCAUGGCAAUGUUGGCAGAAUGUCUUCAUUCAUUUGCCAUAUAGUGGGAAAAAAUGGAAUAAACCAGCUAUAGUUGUAAAUGAAAACUCCUAGGUCACAGUAGAUCCCUGCACAUAGGUGUCUAUUUCUGAGAUGGGGCGAACCCACUGAUUUUUUCAGCUGAAGUAAUUAUAUCUUCUAGCUUUCCAAACCAGAAGGAGUUCUUGACCUGGGAGUUCUCACAGUUCAUGUGAGAAUGAGAAGAAUUCAUGCUAGUGCUAAGACUAUAAAAGGGUAGGAACACAAUUUCUAUUGAUAUGCAUAGUGAAACUGAAAGAUAGGUUUGUGGCAGUGUAUUAAAAAAAGUUGAGAACAAUAAAUUAUUAUAUUGUAUUAUUUA